UGUCUUUGGGGUGCUAGGAGGCUGAGCAAUUUUUCAACAACCGUUAUACAUGUUUUUUAUCUUUUAGUUAAAAUUGCGGUGUCCUGGAUAAAUUGGUAAGUAAAACAGUGAUCUUAGUGUUUGUCCAGUAAAUUGAACCACUGAAUUAUAUAGAAAGCCCAAAAUUUCCAUAACACAGACUGAAGAACCAGAUUAUAUUUAUUGAAAGAAAAGAAAGACCCAGAUUAAGAGUUUUCUAUCCCUCCUUUUGAUUUAAUUAAAGAUGAUGUAGCCGCUGAAUGCUGAAUUUAAAAUGACUGAAAUCUAUAACGAUUAUUCGUAAAUGCAUGUGGGACUAGUGCAGAAUUCCAUAAUGCUUUACCCGUUAAUUUUCUCCUUACGGUACGUUGGUUUUCUUGAAUUGAUGCUUAAGAUGAUAAACUAAUGUUGGCUAAAAGCUAUUCUAAUAAAAGUCGCUACUUGCUCUCAGCUUUACUGUUUUAUGAUGUUGCUCUUUCUAUUCUUUCAGUUCACGCUGGCAUGUAUCAAGAUGAAUAGGACUGAUCUGGCUAAGAAGGCAGUUGAUUUAGCUGAGAAAAGGCUUCGGGUGGAUCAGUGGCCUGAAUAUUACGAUACAAGGUACGGCAAGUUUACGGGAAAACAAGCCCGGCUUUACCAAACGUGGACUAUAGCUGGUUUUCUGACAUCGAAAAUGCUAUUGGAAAAUCCAGAGAUGGCUUCAUUGCUAUUCUGGGAAGAAGAUUAUGAUCUUCUUGAGAUUUGUGUUUGUGCUCUUAAGAAAUCUGGAAGGAAAAAGUGCUCACGCGGUGCUGCCAAGUCUCAGAUCCUUGUAUGAGUUAACCAUCAUUCUUUCAGAGGUUAACACAUUCUACAUGUACAGGAAAUAUAGUUAGGAUUAGGGUAUCACACCCCUUGGGUGCAGUUCUUCUCCGGACCCGGACCCUGCGUGAAUGCGGGAUACUUCGUGCACCGGUCUGCCCUUUUAAGGGUAUGUCUAGAGGGUUUUUCAACCUCAAGACUUAUACAGCAGGAUGUUUUAUUUUUUCACACAGCAUUAUGGAAUUACCAUUGAUUUGUAAGCCAGUUUAUUGUAAUAGUUAUCAACUUAGGAAAUGAAACCAAAUUUCCUUUAAGGCCUUCAUAACAGGCAUCUGCCGGAAUUAAUCUGUAUAUAUACUAUACAAUGCAAUGAUGAUUAUGGGAGUGAAUUAUUAUCUUUUGUCUUUAU